AUGGAUACAGCCAUUGAUCUGUCCGAUGCCUCCAAGGCCUUGGACCUCGCCAACAUCCGCUUCCAGUUAAUCCGUCUCGAAGACACCAUCACCUUCCAUCUCAUUGAACGGGCGCAAUUCCCCCUCAACAAGCCCAUCUACCUAUCCGGCGGGGUAAAAAUCCCUGGCACCGACCUCAGUCUCCUCGACUACUUCCUCCGCGAACAAGAACGUCUGGAGUCGCGUGUUCGUCGGUACCAGUCUCCCGAUGAAUACCCCUUCUUCCCGGACUCGCUGGAAGAGCCCAUCCUUGCCCCGAUCAAGUACCCCAAGAUCCUGCAUGACAACGACGUCAACGUCAAUAGCACCUUGAAACAGCGCUACAUCGAGGAUAUCCUCCCCGCUGUGUGCGCGCAGUUCGGGCGCGAAGAUCGCGGCGAGGCGCAGGAGAACUAUGGAUCCGCAGCCACAUGCGAUGUGCACUGCUUGCAGGCCCUGUCGAGGAGAAUCCACUUCGGAAAGUUUGUCGCGGAGGCAAAGUUCCAGCAGGAGACCGAGCGCUUUGUUAAGCUGAUCAAGGCGAAUGAUCGGAAGGGCAUUGAUGACGCUAUUACCAAGCCUGAGGUGGAGCUGAAGGUGUUGGAGCGGUUGGCGCUCAAGGCGAAGACGUAUGGUACCGAUCCGGGUUUCCAACCUGAAAAUGGACCUAAGAUUAAUGUUGAUGCUGUUGUGGCCAUGUACAAGGAAUAUGUCAUCCCGCUCACCAAGGUCGUCGAGGUUGACUACCUCAUGCAGCGACUCAAGGGCACCCAAUGGGAGUAG